GGUAAAUAUAAGCGGGAAUUCAAGAACUCAACAGAAGAAGCAAGUCGCAGGAACGCGUUCGAGGCUAAUCUCCAGAUCAUCAAAGAUCAUGAGCAGAAGAAGAACUCUACUUUCAACAUGGGGGUGAACGAUUUUACUGACAUGACAAUUGAACAGUUCCGAGCUGCGAAGAACGGAUACAAGGCCACGUCUUCCCAGAGUAACACCGUGCUGGUCACCGCCACAACGACCACUCCGCCAGCCACUGUGGACUGGCGCACCAAUGGGUCCGUCACUACUGUCAAGAACCAGUUACAAUGUGGCUCGUGUUGGGCCUUUUCUGCAACCGGUGCCUUGGAGGGUCAAUAUUUCCGUAAGACCGGCAAGCUGGCGAGUCUCUCCGAGCAGCAGCUGGUCGACUGCUCCGGUGGGACGUACAAAAACCAGGGAUGUAACGGUGGAGCAAUGACUAGUGCCUUCAACUACAUCAAGGCUAAUGGAGCUAACAGUGGGGCCCUCUACCCGUACGUGGCAGUGCAAGGAACUUGCAAAUUUUUACCCAAGAACAUCUCUGCCACAUUAACUGGCUACGUCUCAGUAACUUCACAAAGCGAGAGCGCUCUACAGAAGGCCGUUGGGACCGUAGGCCCCAUCUCUGUGGCCAUCGAUGCAUCCCACAGUUCAUUCCAGCACUACAGCAGCGGUGUGUACUUUGAGUCGACGUGCUCGUCAACCAGCCUUAACCACGGUGUACUGGUAGUGGGUUAUGGCACUGACACCAAAGGAGGAGACUACUGGAUCGUUAAGAACUCUUGGGGCACCGGGUGGGGUGAGGGUGGGUACGUAAAGAUGGCUCGUAACAAGAACAACAACUGUGGUAUUGCCACUGCUGCUUCCUACCCGACGGUGUAGUUUUUGUAGAGCCCCUACUGAAGACCUGAAUAUUUCUGUGGCGUGAUGGGCACAAAUUUAACUUACAAAUUUAAUAUGAUCCUGCUUCGGCUCAUUGAUUCUGUUAUGAAAUAAAGAAUUUGCAUUGUA